GACUACGUCAUGACGUCUGUUUUCCGCCGCCUGUUGGUCUUUCACAGUUGGUAACAGGAAUCACGAAAAUGGCCUCGACCCUGCCCCUAUAUCGGAGUGAACGGGGGAGAUGACGGUGUUUAGCCUGUUUAGUACACGGAUCGCCCGAGUGAAACGUAGAUAAAACCUAAAGUGAGGAUAUACAAGGAGUCUUAUCGGCCAGGAACGGACUAACGGCAGACUACCGCAGGUUUCGUAGGUGUCCCCGGCCGCUAUGGAGGAUAUCAACUCCAACAUCAACGCGGACCUGGAGGUGCGGAAGCUCCAAGACUUGGUGAAGAAACUCGAGCAGCAAAAUGAGCAGCUUCGGAGCCGGUCUACGUUGUUUUCUUCAACCGGAGGGGUGUCAGGGGGCAACCGGCCGCACAGCGCCGGAUACGACUCCAUGUCAGCCGGGCUGGCCGGUUUCCCUGGGGUGGGGUUCGGCGGAACGGGCGGCUUCGGUGGGAUCUUGGAGAACUCUCGCUGUAUGAGCCCUAGACUCUCUUACGAUGGCAUCAGCUUCAGGAGAUCUUAUGCCGGGGAGGGGGCGACGGCGGCCACCUCCAUCUCGAGUAUGAACUCAUUUUACGCCGAUACCGCCGGCAGCUUUAAGGAUGAAUCGGACGACUCGAUUCUAGACGAAGUGGAAAUACUAGAUCUUGAAGAUAUGGACUGUUUGAACGAGGAGGAAGACAGCUGGCUGUACGAGGCGAAGCUGAACAGCCCGCUGCAGAAGGCCCUGAGCCCCAUGGUGUGGUGUCGCCAAGCCCUGGACCACCCCAGCCCUGACAUGGAGACCGCCAAGCGAUCCCUCAUACACAGACUGGAGCUCACCAUGUCAGGCCACAAGAGCAGGAGUCUGUACGGCAGCCCCUACACCCAGCAGAUGUGCUAUGGCAGCCCGUUCAGCACCAACACGGCCAACAGCGCCUGUAGCAGCGCCUUCAACUCCCCGUCCUCCACGCCCAGCAAAGUGCCCAUCGUGCGGCAGCAGCUGAUGCCUGGAAACACAGUUUACCAGCGCAACACGGCAGCGGAGAGAAACCCCCCGGCGGUGAGCCCCCAGUCAUCGGUGGACAGCGAGCUCAGCACCUCUGAGAUGGACGAGGACUCUGUGGGCUCCUCCAACACCUACAAGCUCAACGACGUCAUCGACGUCCAGAUCAUGGCCCGCAUGCAGGAGGAGAGUCUAAGGCAGGACUACGCGGCCACGGCCUCCAGGCGGAGCUCUGGCUCCUCCUGCCACUCGCUGCGGCGCAGCACCUUCAGCGACCAGGAGCUGGACGCCCACAGUCUGGACGACGAGGACGAGAUCCUCCCGCCCGCCUUCCACCCCCUCCCCAACCGCUUCAGCCCCUCGCCCCGCCACUCGCCGUGCGCCUCGCCACGCAACUCGCCGCGCUCCCGCUCCCCGGCGCGCUCCAUCGACUACGGCCACUCUCGCAGCUCGCCGCAGCCCUUGAGCCACGGGCGCGGCUCCCCCCAGCCCAUCAUCAGCCGGCUGCAGCAGCCCCGCCACUCGCUGCAGAGCCACGGGGGCGAGCUGCAGACCAACGUGGUGAAGAACGAGGAGAAGCUGAGACGGAGCCUCCCCAACCUGAGCCGCUCCUCGGUACCAGCCGGCCCAGGUCCGGAGCCCGUCAAGAACAGCCGCAGUAUGGAGUCCAACCUGCAGACCCCCAACGGAGGGUCCCCACGCCACCAGAACCAGUCUGCUAUGGCCGGUACCCCAAGGUCCUCAACCCCGUCACGCGCCACUCCAAAAACCAAACAGCACCUCCAAAGCCCAUCAGCCCUGCGAGUCCCCCUGUCCUGUUGCUUCGGAGAGGAGGCAGAUUUCAUCCCGUCCCCAAGUAAGCUCCGCUCCCCGGCCAUGCCCUCCCCGCUGGCCCUCAGACAGCCGGUGAAGGCCACGUCCAACCCCAGCUCCGGGAACUCCACCCCGGUCCGGUCCCUAGCACCCCCCCGCAGCGGCCUGCCCCGACCCAGCACCACCUCGGGGGGCGGCGGAGGCAUCCCCCUGCCCAGAACCAAGCUGGCACAACCCGUACGCAGGUCUCUGCCCGCACCCCGCUCCUAUGGUAGUUCCGGGGAGAACUGGAGGGAAGGCUGUUACUGAAGCCUGCCACCAGAGUGUGCUGCACACCCCCCAUCCUGACCGAGGCAGGCGUAUCAACGUGGCACUUUAUCCAGAGUCCUCUAAGAGUCAAGAAGAAGAAGAGAAGACUUCACCCAGAUUCCUUUUAAAAAGUUAACAAGAGAAAGACUAUAAAUAUAGAUCACGACAACUCAAAAAACGAAGUGUCAAUUAUGUGUACUGAAAAGACAGCUGGCAUUCAGAGCACAUAGCAAGGGAAAUGCCAAAGAAAGCAGAGAAAAACAAAUCCUUCGCUGCCACCAGAAGAGGGCGCCCACGCCUUCCUCUGUGGCUGCAAUCAUCUCCCAGACUCCAGUCCAGCUGUCUCCAUCUCUCCCAUCCUCUUCUUCCUUUUCCCUCAGGUUUAAACGUUUUGAAUUUGCUCUCACUCUAGACUCUGUUCUGUUUGGAGAGGUCUGUGUAGGACUGAAGUUCCUCCAUGUCUCAGAGCUCCUCCAUGUCUCAGAGCUCCAUGGUUCCUCGUGUUUUGGCGGUGCUUCAAUCUCAGAGCAUACCUCUUAUAUCUGAAGGUCUGAGGGUGCUUCAGGUCUGGGAAACUGUCUGACAGGUGUUCAUUUGCUGAUGCUGUGUGCUCUUCAUAUCUGAAGGUGCUUCAAUGCUUGAGUUCAUCAAUCCAAAGGGUCUCAAUGGAUCUCAUGCCUUCAUGCUCUGAGCUACCUUAUCUCACCAGUUGGAAAAUCAUUCAUGACCUAAAGCUGACAGCUCCGCCGAUCAUCGUGUUCCUCAAUCCAAAAAGUCUGAAUGGCUCUCAUGUCUUUGUGAUGGGAAAUCUUUAGUAUCCUAAAGCUGAUAACUCUUCAAUUCUGAAAGGUCUGACGGUGCUUCAAUCAUGAAGCACCGUCUUUAGGUGGGGAGCCACCCUAUCCAAAAGGUCUGGAGGGGCUUCAUGUCUUAUUAAGGACCUCUGCAUCUGGUUCUAAGAGUUUCUCCUUAAAUUCAGCAUGAAUGUAAGCAGAUGCUUCUUUUAGAGAUUAUUUAUUCAAAUUAUUUAUGCAGUUUUUAUGUCCAAGCAUCCAUAUCAGUAUUUGUUUUAAGAUUCUUUAAAGCAUUAAGAAAUGUAUGUUUUUAAACCUCAACGUAAAGCUAACUCCCCAAAGCCAUGUCUUAGCGUGCGUCCAUUUUGAAGAGAACCUGGAAUGUUUGUUCAGUUGAGUCUUGGAUGACUUCACGCCACAAUUCUAUCCCAAACAACUAACUUUCUUCCUCCGAGUUUGAAACCCUGACCUGAUCUCCACCACUUCGGUAAAUGUGUAAUUAAUGAAUUAUAAUGUGGUGUUGUUAGCCUGCAGUGUGUAUCAUUCAUGCCGUGACAGAGGGAACAGUGUGUUCAGAAAAACUAAAUGUAAGAUUUGAAUAAAGUGGCCAUUGCCUCUUGUGCUUUAUAAAUCCAGAGGCUUGCCUAAAAAAAUAGGGAUGAUUAUUUGGUAAAUGGUGUGCCGGAUAUUAUCAAACUAUAGUGCCUAUAAUUUACAUUAUACUUUAUUUUAAAAGUGCUCGGCUUAUUUUGUGCCAAUUUUAUGAGUUUGCCAAUGAUUUGGAUUUGCUUGGUUAAUUUGUUUGCAUCUGUGUUUGGGUUUCUUAAGUAACUUAAUCAUUUAUAAUUGCUUUAAAAAAGUAUGUUAAAAAAUGCGCCUUCAUAUUUAUAACUGAUGACAUAUGUAAAUGACUAUUUAUUAGUGUGAGGGUGCCUCUGUGGGAAAGAAUGUCACUAAAAGACGGCACCACACCUUUUGUGUGAUGGUUUUUGUUAUGGAACUUUUUUUACAUCCAUGAACAUGACAUUCACUUUCCCUGUGUGAACCCACAUUUCAAAUAAAGCUGAAAACCUC